UGAUGACAAUUAUCUCCCUUUGUAAACAAAUGAAACUUGUGUAAACACGAAUUUGAUGCUUUAAAAAAUAGGAGACCAAAUGGGUGAUAAUCCAUAUUAAUGAUAAACCAUAUGGAUACCUGUAACCCUUUCAAACUCUACUUAAAAGAUUUCCAAAAUGGAAUGCAACAUCUCCGAGAAGAUAAUUUGUUCCAAGAUGUUGUCCUUGAUGUCCAAGGUCAAACCUUUCCUUGUCACAGAGUUAUCCUGAGUGCAUUUUCAAACUAUUUCCGUGGAAUGUUUGUAUCUGGAAUGGUGGAAAGCAAUAAAAACAUAAUUGAGUUGAAGGGUUUGGAGGCUAAAUGUAUAUCAAAGGUAUUAGACUAUCUUUAUGGUAACAUUACCAUAGAUCCGAUAGCUGCAGAGGACAUUUUAGCAAUAGCCGUAUAUCUACAGAUUGACUGUUUAAGAGAAACGUGCGAGUUGACUUUAGGAAGUAACUUAGAUAAUUCCAAUGUUAUACGACUGUGGAACAUGUCAUCGAAAGAAUACCCAGAAUGCACUAUUCUUAGAAAUUUUUGUGAGGUUUAUAUGCUUUCAAACUUUACAGAUUUUUCAAACUCAUCUGAAGCAUUGCAUUUAGAACCAAAUGAGGUCAUAUUUCUGUUACAACAUGAAGAAUUGUGUGCUCCAACUGAGGAUGUGGUUUGUGAGUUUUUAAUGCAUUGGUUUCAACAUGAUUUGGAGAACAGAAAAUGUUAUUUGGAAGAUUUAUUCAAAUGCAGUCACUUUCCUCUUCUUUCUGGUGACUGCUUAACGAGAUUCAUAGAACAUUUCCCGUUGAUGCGAGAAGACUGUUUACAGCCCUUUGUGCAGGAUGCUAUUGUUUAUCAAAGCAAUCCAGCCGUUCAGCUGGAUAAUUUAACUGCCUCCAUGGAUUUCCGUUUAAGAUCCAGUAGAGAAACAUCUAUAGUUGUUAUAAGCUUUGCACAAAAUGUUAGUGAUGCUGGAUUGCACAUCGAAAUGUGGCGUUAUGGAUUGCAUGAAAAACAAUGGGAGAAAAUGACUUCCCUUCCAUCUUACCCUGGGAUAGGUUUUUCUACAUGUACUUAUGGUGAAUCAACCAUUUUUCUCUCAGGUGGCAGUACAGCAAGCACGUUCUUUAAGUUUGAUGGCUUAGAAAAUAGGUGGGAACAAAUGGAAAAUUUACCCGAAACCCGAUGUAGACAUUGCAUGAUAGGACUGGAUGACUAUAUAUAUAUCUUAGGUGGGACUACAAGUAGAAGAACAAAUGCUAUCGAAAGAUUCUGCUUAGAUUUGAACACUUGGGAAAGAUGCGGUGAACUCCAAAUGGCUGUUGAUGACUCAUCUGUUGCUACAGCUCAUGACAAAAUCUACGUUUUCGGCGGAUUUUCUCCCGACUUUGAUAUUUUAAAAAUGGUACAGUGCUAUGACACGGUCACUAAAACAACAACAAUUGUCAGUGUAGUUCCAAACAUGUAUGAUCUAAUAGAUGCUGUUGGUACAAAUGACAAUAUCUAUAUCAUAGGACGGCAAAGUGGGAAAGUAAUGAAGUUUAUUGUAGACAAUGAUUUUGAACCGGUUCGAGUUAUACCGAAGUUGCAGGAUUCGUAUGGAAUAAUCAAACACGGUGAUUCUCUCUUCCUUCUUAUCAAUGACAGCGAGGAAAGUGAUGACAUUGAAGACCGUUCUAUUACCUCAGUUGUUGAGGUUAAUCUGAAAACCGGAGAGAAAAUAGUGGAUCAUAACCCACUUUUAAAUACAAAAUUUGAUUGCCAUUGUCAUAAAUUAGUAACUUCCAAAAAAACUUACAAUUUUAAAUAUAGAAUAUGAUUAACUACAUGUAGAUCACAUUAUAAACAUGAUAAUAAAUUUUAUUUUGCCA